AUGGCGGCGGGUGCGACGACCAUGGAUGGCACCACGGACCUCUCCGGCAAGCCGGCGGUGAGGGGCAAGACGGGGGGUUGGAGGGCGUGCCCCUUCAUCCUGGCCAACGAGUGCUGCGAGCGGCUCGCCUACUACGGCAUGAGCUCCAAUCUGGUCAACUACAUGAUCGACCGCCUCCACCAGGGCAACGCCGCCGCCGCCACCAACGUCAACAACUGGUCCGGCACCUGCUACGUCAUGCCCCUCCUCGGCGCCUUCAUCGCCGACGCCUACCUCGGCCGCUUCCGCACCAUCGCCGCCUUCAUGUCCCUCUACAUCGCCGGCCUCGCCCUCCUCACCCUCACCGCCACCGUGCCCGGCCUCCGCCCGCCCGACUGCGCCGGCUGCAAGCCCGCCGCCGGCCAGACCGCCGCCUUCUUCACCGCGCUCUACCUCAUCGCCGUCGGCACCGGCGGGAUCAAGCCCUGCGUCUCCUCCUUCGGCGCCGACCAGUUCGACGACGCCGACCCGCGCGAGAUGCGCAGCAAGAGCUCCUUCUUCAACUGGUUCUACAUGUCCAUCAACGUCGGCGCCCUCGUCGCCUCCUCGGUGCUCGUCUGGGUCCAGAUGAACGUCGGCUGGGGCUGGGGAUUCGGCGUCCCCGCCGCCGCCAUGGCCGUCGCCGUCGUCAGCUUCCUCAUGGGCAGCAGGCUCUACAGGUACCAGAAGCCCGGGGGCAGCCCACUCACCAGGAUGCUGCAGGUCUUGGUCGCCGCCUGCAGGAAGUCGCACGUGCCGCUCCCCGCCGACGCCUCCCUGCUGCACGAGGUGGCCUCGCCGGACGGCAAGGCCGCCAUCGAGGGCAGCAGGAGGCUGGAGCACACGGAUCAGCUGAGGUGCCUGGACAAGGCCGCCGUAAUUGUGACGACGCCCGGCGGCGCUGAAGAAGAGGACGAGAACCCGUGGAGGCUGUGCACGGUGACGCAGGUGGAGGAGCUCAAGAGCAUGGUGCGGCUGCUGCCGGUGUGGGCGAGCGGCAUCGUCAUGUCGGCGGUGUACAGCCAGAUGAGCACCAUGUUCGUGCUCCAGGGCAACACCCUCGACCCGCGCAUGGGCGCCUCCUUCAAGAUCCCCGCCGCGUCGCUCUCCAUCUUCGACACCAUCGCCGUCAUCGUGUGGGCGCUGGCCUACGACCGGCUCAUCGUCCCCGCCGCACGCCGGAUCACGGGCCACCCGCGCGGGUUCACGCAGCUGCAGCGCAUGGGCAUCGGCCUGGUGAUAUCCAUCUUCUCCAUGGUGGCCGCCGGGGUGCUGGAGGUUGUCAGGCUCCACGUCGCCGCCACACACGGCAUGCUGGACUCCAAGGAGUACCUGCCCAUGUCCAUCUUCUGGCAGGUGCCGCAGUACUUCAUCGUGGGGGCGGCGGAGGUGUUCACGUUCGUGGGGCAGAUCGAGUUCUUCUACGACCAGUCGCCGGACGCCAUGAGGAGCAUGGGGUCGGCGCUGUCGCUCACGUCUAACGCGCUGGGAAACUACCUGAGCACGCUGCUGGUGGUGAUCGUGACGGCCAUCUCGACGAGGAACGGCGGCCUCGGGUGGAUCCCGGACGACAACCUCAACCGCGGCCACCUCGACUACUUCUACUGGGUGCUGGCCGUGCUCAGCGCCAUCAACUUCAUCGUCUACCUCUGGAUAGCAAAGUGGUACAAGUACAAGGCCACAGCAACUCCUGCAGCUUCUUCAGUCGUUGCCAUCGACCACGACACCAAUUAG